AUGUCAGCACGGACCGUGGUGCGAGAGCUGCAUCUCAUCCCGCCCCGCGCCGAAUGCACGUGCGCUGGUCCUGCCAACUUGAAUCGUUGUACCGUUCCGCCAGCUCGCAUUCAGCCCGUCACACCCCCACUGCAAACACUUCCUCGCUCGCCCGGCCGCGUCGCUCGGCCCCGGACCCGGACGGGCGCCGACUACGACGACUACGGCGCCACGACGGGCGCCGCGCCCGCCUGCUCGCGCGCCUGCCUGCACCGCCGCCAGAUCGAGCAGGACACGGUGGAGGGCAUCAAGCGCUACAUCCUGGACCGCCUGGGGCUGAGCGAGCCGCCCCGGGUGCCGCCGCACCUGCGGCCGCCGCAGUCGGCCAUCGACGUGCUGCUGAACCGCAGCAGCGGCGCGCUCGAGGAGGCGGGCUGGGACGAGCAGGGCGACCAGGCGCCGCGGCCGUCGCUGGACGAGGAGAUGCUGCGGCGCGGCGACUGCGACGACGACGACGACGACGUGAGGCCGCGCAAGGUCAUCGCCUUCGCCGAGGCCGGUGGCAACGACUCCAAGCAGUGCGAGCGGUACGAAGGCAACCAGGUGAACUUCUUCCGGUUCUCCAAGGACGUGAUGCGCCACAAGGUCGCCAGCGCCAAGCUGUGGGUGCACCUCCAGCCGCCGGCCUACCUGAACUUCACGGCGCCGGCCGGCAAGCAGUUCGCCUUCCUGCCGCCGCGCGGCGCCACCGUGCCGCCGCAGUUCGCCUUCCCGCCGGGCGCGCGGCGCGCCGCCCGGGGCGCCCCUGGCGGCGGACACGCGCACCGCCACGCGCGCCAGCGCGGCGCCGCCGAGGCGGUCGUGCUGACGGUCGAGCUGGCCGACGCGAGCGCGGGCGACGGCCUGCGCAGGUCGGUGCUCGCGUCGCACAAGUUCCUGGUGCCGGCGCACCGCGGCAAGUGGGUGCACGUGGAGCUCACCAGGACCGUCGCCGAGUGGUUCCGGAGGAUGGACGGCGAGCUGGCGCUGGUGCUCACGGCCGCCGACGUCAGCGGGAAGGAGAUCAAGCUCUCCGAUGACGACUACCACAACGGGCAGCAAACACCCUUCAUCGAGCUGACGCCCUUGUGGCCGCCUCGGCCGCCACGCAGCCGCCGCUCCCUCGGCAUGGACUGCGACGGCAAGACCGACGAGAAGCGCUGCUGCCGCUACCCGCUCAUCAUCGACUUCGAGGAGUUCGCGUGGGACUGGAUCAUCGCGCCCAAGACCUACCAGGCCAACUACUGCGCCGGCGAUUGUCCCUAUGUCUUCCUGCAGAAGUACCCGCACAGCUACCUCGUGCAGGUCACCAACCGCACCAUCUGCUGCGCGCCGCGCAAGAUGUCCUCCAUCUCGAUGCUCUACUUCAACACGGAACACAACAUCCUGCACAGCACGCUACCCGGCAUGACGGUGGAGAAAUGCGGCUGCUUCUAGGCGCGGCUGCUCCUAGGUGUGGCUGCUUCUAGGGGCGGCUGAAUUUAAGAACAGCUGUUUCUAAGACUAAAUUCCAUCCAUUUUAGGGGCAACUGCUUCUAGAUGUGGCUAUAUCUAGAUGUGUCUUCUUCUAGAGACAGCUGAUUCUAAGUGCCGUGGCUUUUAGAAGCGGCUACUUAAAAGUGCUGCUGCUUCUAAGGCCGGAUGAUUUUAAGACCAGCUUUUUCUAAGACUUAAGUUACUACCCGUCUGGGGACAGCUGCUUUCAGGCGUGGCUGCAUCUAAAGGUUGCUUCUUCUAGAGACGGCUGAUUCUAUGAUAUGCUGGUUUUAGGGAUGGCUACAGCUAAGCGCAGCUGCGUCUAAGGGCGAAUGAUUUUAAGAGCAGCUGUUUAAGUCUUAAGUUCCAUUCCAUCUAGGGGCAGCUGCUUUUCUAUAUGUGGCUACAUCUAGAAGUUGCUUAUUCUAGUGACGGUGAAUUCUAAGUGCCGCUACUUUUAUAAGUGGCUUAUUCUAAGUUCCAUUUCUUUUAAGGGCAACAGCUUUUAGGGACGGCUUCUUCCAGUGGCGGCUACUCCUAUUGGCGAUGUACCGGGAGGAUUCUAGAGAUUUGCUGCUCCAGAGCAAGCGACAUCGCAAACUCUUUUAGUGGCAACUCUCAGACCCUCCUGGUUACCCUCACAACAAAUUCAGACAACAGACCAAUAUUGAUAUUUACUGAAAACGCAAGUUGCAUUGUAAAGAUGUGGUGCGUGGCUCCAAAAAUUUAAAUGCUAAUUUGCCAAUAGAAUGUUUAGAAAUAUUUGUCAUGGUGAUCACAGUUUAUAAGUAUUUAUAGAUAUAACAUAAAAAAUAUUUAUGCUUGUCUGUGUUUUAAUACGUUUUUUUGCAUGACUGUGUACUGCGUCCGAUUGAAUCUUAUCUUUGAUUUGUCGCUGCAGUUAUAUUUUUAUUGUUAAAUUCAUCUAAUGUUGCCAUUUCUGUUUUUCAAAUUCAAAUUCAAAAGAUUUUUAUUCUACAUGUUUACACUUUACAGAUAUUGGUCAAUGAUUUAUAAGACACGCCAGCACGCAGUGCUCUUUUGUCUUAAGUACAGGAUUUUUAAAUACGUGUUACACUUUGCUGGUAUAUACAAAAUUUAAAUUUCUGUUGGCAAAUAGCAUUUUAGUGAUAGUUCCAUGCACAAAUACAAUAAUCGGUCAAUGCAACAAUUAUUAGUCUAUAACCCAACAGUACAUAUCUAUAUUUUUAUGUAAACAAAAUUCUACAUAGGCCUUCCCUUUUCUAUUCAUUACUGUAAACUUAUUCUUAAUCAAGAAAACUAAAAAAUAAACUUUAAAAAAUUUACGAUCAAUUAUCCUUUAAUGUCACAGGUAUAUUUUUAUAAUAUUUAAGCAUUCCAUGUUAAAGUUUAAUUUAGUGCAAAAACUCAUAUUCUUAAGACUGCAUUCUAAAGAGUCGAAUAUGAAAAAUGAAACUGCUUGCAAUCGGAUGUAUAUGUGUUGUUAUCCCUAUUCUAAUUUUUAAAUUAGACUCUUUAAACUAACUUUUUUAUUUUCACCACAGACUGAGUGGCGCCAUAUUCGAAAUAAUUUAACAGAGUACAUGAUUUGAAAGACAAUUUUUGCCAAUGCUUUUAUUAAAAGAUUGUUAUUAUUUCAAAGAAAUGAAGCAUUAAUUUAGUGCAUUUGUUUGAAUAUAAAAAUUUAUUUAAAAGAUAGAAAAACUAAAUAGUACUCAAAACAAUAUGUUUUGUGCCAAGUUCUAUUAGGAAUGAUUAACUAAAAAUUAUGUUGAAAUGCCAUAUUUCACUGAAAAUUCCAUAUUUUCCUGUGAAAAGAGAAGUGUUACAUUUGUGACAAAAAUUCCUAUUUUUAAAUGUGCCAUUUAAUUUUUAAACUGACUUGCGUUUCGGGACCAAAAUAAUUAUAUGCAAAAACUGUACCUUACAUAUACAUACUUAUUUUCGCAAAAUAGUUCCUUUGAUAAUCAUAGCUCUGUAAUCGACAGAGAGAGAGAGAGAGAGAGAGAGAGAGAGAGCGAGAGAGCAAGAGAGAAAAAGAGAGAGAGGAGAAGUGAUAGAUUUUCUUUAUUAUGAGCGCAGAUAGCUUUAUUGAUCUCAUUAGUAUGCUCUAACCAAGAACAUCGAAACCCAAGAUAAUACCAACCACAAUGUAAACAAUAUUAGUCAGACUUUAAAAUGUACAAUCAUUAUUUUAAUAUAGUUACCUAGUUUAGAAAAUUCCGAUAUUCUUAAUCAACGUUCUGUUUCAAUUAAUAGUAUGGAUGUAGUCUUAUAGAAUAAUAGUAAUUUUAUUCGAUUUCUUGAGAGCAUGCAAAAUACUUUGUAAAUUGUUUAACAUUAUUAUUGUUUAAAUUGUGAUGUAAUAUUUAUUUUUUUUACUUCAAAAUUUUUAGAAGUUACUUUAUAUACUUGAAUAUAUUUUUGAUUAUUAUCUGUGAAACAAUGUAAAAAUUGUACUUUAUAUGAAAUAUUAUCAAAAUUACUACAUUUUUAUAAAAUCUUACCAUUUUAAUUUAUAUACCUACUGAUUGUCAUUAUUUUAAAGGGCGAUAAUACACAGUUAUUGUAAAAAUAUGACAUUUCCUGUUAAGUUUUUGUUGAGAAUAUUUGCUGAAAAUUUAUGAGUGUUGUUCAGACCUACCUGGAUAAAAAUGCAAUUUUUCCAACGCUGACAAAUUGAGGUAACUAUAAUACCAGUUUCGAAGACAUCAAUUUGAAUCAAUGCAUUUCAAAAUACCACUUCCUACAAAUAUAUGUGUCAAAAAUUGGAUGUAAGUUCUUCAAUCACGACUUAAAAAAAUAAAAUGUUUUGGUUAAAAUUUUAAACACAUUUUCCUGGACUAACACAAAUGCAUAGAACGUAUGUCAUAGAACAUGAAUUGUAAACCUACAAACAGUGGAUGUAAUUUCUCUUUGUCCAUCAACCAAAAAGAUCAUUAAGUUAUGCUCUUGUAAU